UAAAUUCAUAAUUUGUAGGGAAAUAGUGUUAAAGCUGGAAUUUGUGUAAAGUGGUUAACUUGAGUAAUUUUAAAUAAACAAAAAGGGAAUUUCGUUGUGAGCCGACGCCAUCUCGUGAAUUUGGGAAUCCAGUUAAUAGACUGUUCCUUAUGUGACAGCUGAGAAGUGAACUAUUCAGAAAUAAUGUUUAUUCUAUUUUAAUACUUUGUGUAAUAAUUAUUUAUGAUAAUUGUUUCGCUAUGGUUAAAAUGCCUAUUACAUCAAAGCUCCCGAAAGGAGCAAGCGCUCUUAGAGAGAGACAUACUAAAUCGGACAAUAAAAAUGCGAUUCUUAAAAGAUCCCCACGGAAAGGAGUUGCAAGGUCUAAAUGCCACCAUCAAAGAGGGAAGAAAAGCAAAAGGGAUGUAACAAUUUUAGAAGUAAUUAUCUUCGGGAUUCACAUUGUGAACGCCGCGAAUUUCAGUGCCUUUAUUCGGCAUGUUCUGUCAAGUUUUCAAGAAUUUACGGUGUUCUUUUGGUAUAAGGACGGUCAAUAUCGCUGUUUCGUGUUGCUUGAUUCACAAGAGGAGCUCGAAAUUACGGAGGAGAAUCAAAAUGUACAGAUAUGUACCUAUCUCCCCGAGGUACCUUUUACGGACUUUGUGGUAAGGACGUCGAGAACUGCGGGGUCUUUCUUGGUACUAUGUAAGAUACUAGACUGUCUGCAGAUGUUUAACAAGCUUCAAUGGUAUGUGAACGACGACCUUUGUUCAUAUAAAGUUGAUCUGUCAAAGAAACAGUUGACGGAAUUGCCCUUUGAAUAUGACACUCCCGACAACAUUUGUCAUUAUGGUGACUAUAUUUUAGGUGAAAAUAAGAGCUCUGACACAACAACCGUGAAAAACAAGAUCCUUGAUCUGGUCGUUCCGCUCAAAGGAAUUGAAAUUUAUGCUUUUCCCUGUUUAAAAAGUUAUUUCAAUCAGUUAGCAUUACCAACAAAUUCAUACAAAAACAUAAUCUACAAUGACGGUGAAUUGCUCCCGAAUCCCCCGCAAUGGCGGCCAGGGAUUAAACAUGGUGGAGUGGAAAAUGCUCAUGAGCAGAACAACAUCUCAACCUUAGAGAGCGCAAGGACAAAUGACAUAUCACGAAGCAAAAGAAGACGGCCUCGCUAUCCAGGGAAAUGUACCAUGGAAAGCAGACUAGACACGUUUACCACCUGGUCGCAUUCAGCACCCACCCCACAAACGCUUGCAGCAGAUGGCUUCUUUUUCACGGGCGAUGCGGACUUUGUUCGGUGCCACCAGUGCGGUAUCGAACUCAAAGACUUCAGCCCGUUUGGCGAUCCAUUAUCAGAGCAUAUUAAACACGCUGGCAGCUGUGACUUCCUCACUGACUUAUAUGGGAUUACUGGAUUGGAACAGAAAAGGUGUCUGAUUAACGAUCCUGAAACUUUAAGAAAACGGCAGCUUGAAUCGUUCCAUACACAAACAGCCCCAGAUAGAACAAACCGACGACCCGAGUUCGCGUGCUAUGAGGCCCGCCUGGACACAUUUGAUGGUUGGUCGGAAGAUGUGUCUCAGAAGCCGCACCAGCUUGCAGACGCUGGUCUGUACUUCACAGGUGUUGAAGAUCAUGUGCGGUGUUUUGCAUGUGACGGAGGACUGUGGCAGUGGGAUGCGGGAGACGACCCUUGGGUGGAGCACUGCCGAUGGUUUCCGGCCUGUCACUUCGCAAGGACAUCUAAGGGGGACCAAUAUAUCGAACGCAUUCAGGCUUCCAUCGACCAAGGGGAGGACUUGUCAGAACUGGAGGAAACAAGACCUUCUGGUAAAGACGACACCACGUUGGGGUUAACGAAGCUCGAACAACACCGGCGUACGUUGACUGCCGAAGAAAUUAAAGAGGACGCCAUUCAGCAUAGAAAAUAUGGAAAUAUCUCUCCAACAUUAAAUGAUCUUAAUAUACGGAAACGGAAUGAAAUUCGACCAAUUCAACAGGAAGCAGCAGCAGCAGUGGACAGACAUGAAAGCAUAUUUGAAGAGAACUCUCGUUUAAAGCACAUCUUGAAAUGCCAGUGGUGUAAUGUCAAUAACGUGAAUGCACUGUUUCUGCCAUGUGCGCAUCACCGGAUGUGCAUGGAGUGCGCGAGCAAACAUGACAUCACGGUGUGUUUUGUUUGUGACCGGCAUAUCAGGGAAAUCAUUAAAACGUUCAUGGGCUGAAACUCGUCGAAAAGAUAUUUCACUGUCACAUAUGAAGUCCGGAGACAGGGAUGAAAAGGGAAUAAAAAUCGUCGAUCAUUUGUAUAGUAAACUUAUUGAAAUGUUGUUUAUAAUUGAUUGGACAAUUUAAAGGAAUCUGUGAUAACGUAUAUAAGAGAUGUUUAUUAUACCAGUUAUAUAUAUACACUGUAUGUAAUUAAUAAAUGAUUGUUACUUAUGUGCUCACAUGCAUGUAUUUAUAUAUUUGUAUAUCUAUAUUUAUAUAUACGUGUCUUCUUAGAUGUGUGUCUUGAGUUUUAAGUACCUGUUAUUGCCACAAAGUGUAUUUUAUUACAUAAUGUUGUUUACCAUAUAUGCUCAAGCCUCACCUCAUGUGUAUAUAUCGUAUAUGAUCAUCUAUGUGUCAUUCCGAAAUACCUCAUAUUGCUCUAGUCAAGUCAGUCUAUUUGGUUCUAAAACCUGACAUCAAGUGCCGAACAAACCAAACCUGGCUUUAAAUGUGCCAGGAAAUAAGCAAUGAUUGAAUAAAAACAAAUACACUUUUCCCCCCGAAAUCGAAUUUCUCUCAUAAUCUUUAUUAUCUUUGUACACUUAAUUUGCAAUUGCAGUGCCUAACAAAACAAUAUGUCGCUAUAAUAAUAUCAACAGCAUUGCCUAAAACUACCUUAAAAUAGUUACACUGAAACGCAUCAAAUGACUAGAAGAUUAAUCCACCCAUUCAAAACUUAACUCAUGUUAUCUUGACAUAGGUCGUGCCUUAAAAUCCAUAAUGGCACUGUAUAUGCUAAGCCAGCACCACCCACGGUAUUCUGACAACAAAACGAACAACAUCAGGAAACGUUUGCUCUACCCAAGCUUGCACUGGAUUAAACAGACGUUCAAGAGAGUAUUAUACACAUCAUACGAGUGGACCACCUUCAGAUUAAACCCUCAAUUUCUAUUUUUUCAGUAAUUACAUUUUUGUUUAUUCUAGCUUUGCAUUGUUUGUGUGUAUUUAACGCAUUGAAAAUAUACUUUUUUUUUGUUCAACAUCGUCCAUUAUCGAGUUGAGUGAA